UCAACUGCAGUCAGGUGUUAUCUCUGUUUUCAGAAAAAAGAAAACUGAGCAGAAGAUCAUGUCAAGUCCUGACUGGGGAUAUGAUGGCGACAAUGGUCCUGAACAGUGGGGCAAGUUGUACCCCAUUGCAAAUAGUAAUAACCAAUCUCCUAUCAACAUUAAAACCAGUGAAACCAAACAUGACACCUCACUCAAACCUAUCAGUGUCUCCUACAAUCCAGCCACAGCCAAGGAAAUCGUCAACGUGGGACAUUCCUUCCAUGUAAACUUUGAGGACAAUGAUAACAGAUCAGUUCUGAAAGGUGGUCCUCUCUCUGGAAGCUAUAGGCUUCGUCAGUUCCAUUUUCACUGGGGCAUCACAGAUGACUAUGGUUCUGAGCACUUAGUGGAUGGAGUCAAAUAUUCUGCAGAGUUUCAUAUAGUUCACUGGAACUCUGCUAAGUACUCCAGCUUUGCUGAAGCUGCCUCACAGGCUGAUGGUUUGGCAAUUAUUGGUGUUUUGAUGAAGGUUGGUCCAGCCAACCCAAACCUGCAGAAAAUAUUGGCCCUAAAAUCAGUUAAAACUAAGGGCAAAAGUGCCCCUUUCACAAAUUUUGACCCCUCUGUUCUCCUUCCUUCAUCCCUGGAUUACUGGACCUACUUUGGCUCUCUGACUCAUCCUCCUCUUCAUGAGAGUGUCAUCUGGAUCAUCCUUAAGGAGAGCAUCAGUAUCAGCUCAGAUCAGCUGGCUCAGUUCCGCAGUCUUCUGUCCAACGUGGAAGGGGGUAAAGAAGCCCCCAUUAAGCACAACAACCGGCCUCCCCAGCCUCUAAAGGGCAGAACGGUGAAAGCUUCAUUCUGAUUGGCCCACGAGGAAAUAUCCUCCCUCAUGGAACACAGCUCUGCUUCUGCCAUAAUCCAAUAAAGCAAGUUUUAAGAAACAAAUUUAUCUCAACGCUAGCAAGACAGCACACCUGCAAAUUUAAUCUGUACAACUAAAAACCUUUAAUUUUUGCUCUUCAUGCUUAACUGAAAUAGUAAUCUGCGAGCUUACACACUUGUGCUUAAAUUCAAGUAUAUUUUGUGGAAUUCCUUAUAAUUACAAUUAAGGAAUACUUAAUUUCUCAGUGA